AUGGCCACUAUCCCCCUCGAGAACGACAAGUAUCCGCUUGACGAGGAGACUGUGCAGGAUGUGCUCAGCGACGAGGACUACCGCAAGCUCGACAGGAGGGUGACGAGGAAGAUUGAUAUACACAUUCUGCCUUGGAUCAUCGUUUCGUACCUUCUAAAUUAUCUCGACCGAACCAACCUCGGCAAUGCGCGGACUCUCAACAAUGACAUCCCCGGCCAUUCCAUGGUCGAGCAGCUCGACCUCCAAGGCGAUCGCUACCUGCUCAUUGUCGCUAUCUUCUUCAUACCAUAUGUGAUCUUUGAGUUCCCAAGUAACCUCUUGAUGAAGUACUUCACGCCCUCCCGAUGGAUAUCCCGGAUCAUGGUUUCUUGGGGAAUCGUCACCUGCUGUACCGCUGCCGUCAAGAGCUAUGAGGGGCUCAUCGCCUGUCGUAUCUUCCUCGGUAUCGCUGAAGCUGGAUUCUUCCCUGGUAUCCUCUGUUACCUCUGCUUCUGGUACCCUCCUACCAUCCGCGCGACUCGUAUGGCCUUCUUCUCUGCCUCGAUCACCAUUGCCGGCGCUUUCGGCGGUCUCAUCGCUACUGGGGUCUCUUUCAUGUCUGGCAAGGGAGGCUUGUAUGGCUGGCAGUGGCUAUUCCUCCUCGAAGGCAUGCCCACUAUCAUCAUCGGCGUCGCCAUCUGGUUCUGCCUCCCCGACUACCCCGAGACCGCCUCUUGGCUCACCGAGGAGGAGCGGGCCCACGCGAUGGAGCGCAUGGGGCCGUACGCACCCAAGGGAACCGACAAGCACUUUGACAAGAAGGAGUUUGUCUCGACCGUCAUGAGCUGGAACUUUGUGCUAUUCUCUGUGGCCUACUUCCUCAUGGCCAAUUCCGGAAACGCAUUCGGCUACUUUACCCCCACCAUCGUCGCCACCCUUGGCUAUACUGGCUACCUCGGCCAGCUCAUGACAGUACCGCCUAACGUACUUGGCUUCUUCGCCAUCAUCGGCAACUCGAUGUGGUCCGACUACCGCAAAGAACGUCCCACCCAUGUCCUCGGCGCGCUCGCAUUCGUCAUGACCGGCUGGAUCUUGCUUGCCUCAGUCGACGGUGUCGGCGGUCGUUACGUCGGUGUUCACAUGGUCGCUUGUACCAACGCGGCCAUCAUUCCCUUCGUCGGCUACCUGUCAUCGUCCUUCAAGGGAUCGACCUCAACCGGGAUUGCCAUGGGUGGCGUGGUGGCUAUCGCCAAUCUCUCCGGCAUAGUCACUCCCUUUGUCUUUCCCGCCGCAAACGCGCCCCGGUACUACCCAGGUCUGUGGACCCUCUUUGCCAUGCUCGGCACCUCCGCCAUUCUGGUUGGCAUCCUGUGGUACCGCCUUGGUAGCAGCGCCGAAUAUCGCGAGGCAGAGCCGGAUCAGGCGAUCGAGAGCGAGACAAUCGAUCCGCUCGAUGAGCAGUCCAGGCCGGUGCCUCGCGAGACCGCUGUGUUGGAAGAUGACGUCAAAGCGCGCGCUUGA